AUGUCCUCCGAACGCAGUAGGAUCUCCUUGAGAUCAGGCCCCCGCCGGAAGGGGGGUCGCCCAACCAUCAGCGCCCCGCGACAGAUCUCUGAACCCAUCCCACAGAAUGGACCGUCUCCCUUGCGCAAUGCGAAUGGCCCUGCCAGUGGCCCAGCCCUUCGACCCGUCAAUGAGGCACCACCGCCUCCCCAGCAGCGCCAGCGCCCUCCGAUUCAGCCUGGCGGAGGUAAUGCGACCUCCGACCUAGUCAAACGACGAUACUCAACACGCUUUGGCAACUUUCCCGAGGCAGGCUUCGACGUCAACAACCCCCCCGUGCCCGCCUUACCUACUCUCGACAAGUACGAAUCUCGCGAGAAGCGUGGAGGGCCUCCACCAUCUAGAGGUGGCGCGGCACCCACGAUCGACCUGAAGGCUCUACGAGAUCCCAAUCUCAACGCCGAUCAAUGUGGGAAGAUGAUGACCCAUCAUGUCGCCGGGCUGCUCAGUGAUGCAACUGAGGACCAGAUUCAGGAGUACCAGGACUCCCUGCGACAACUCAAGUCAAGAGCCCAGGCCGAUCUCCAACAGAAUGUGAUGCAAAACCGUACCCAGUUCAUCAAGAUUGCCCACGAAGCCGACAAGCUGAAGGAUGAAAUGCGGACGCUCCGAAACCUCAUGGCCGAGUUGAAGGCGAACACUACCUCUCUCCGUGCAGCAGCGGGCGGUCGUAACGAAUCAACCAGCCUCAAUGGCGAGCUGUCAACAGGCCUCAGCAAGAGGGACAAGCGCAGCUCCGUAGCCGACCGCAGCGACUUGUGGAACUCGCAGAUGCAGGCCCUUUACAAGAAUGUCGAGGGGACGCAAAAAGUUCUUGCCCAACGCCCCCGGUCGCCAUGUCAUACAGAAGGCCGCCCAGUGGAUCGAACUCGACAAAUCCCACCUACAAGUCCCGGCGCGCCACCCAGAUCUUCUUGCUUGCUCAUCGCGUCGCAGAGCGCCAGACCGACGGGCACCCGUGAGGACAAGCAACAUCAUCAGCUGGUUGCAGACCGUGCUGGCCCUCCUGAUGUGAAGCAACGGCCAGGAGUCUUUAUUCUACGCACGGAGAAACCGGACGAUCCCGACAAGCCGUCCCUGCUUCUGAACAUUCGCAAGGCCGUGGAGGAGCUCCGCAAGAGCCUGCAGUCUGAGAUGGAGGCCAACAAUAAGACCAAGGAGACGAUCAACUACUUUGCGUCACGCGACCCGGGGUUGUUGCAGAAGGCUGAGCUCCUGGAGACUCUGUCGGAUAUCAAAGACAUGCGCAUCGAGGUGGACGGCAAUCAACAGAACCUCCGCUGGGUGGAGGGCCAGAUGGACGAGCUCGACAUUGAAAUUGCGCUGCAACACUUCGAGAAUGCCGUUGAGAGGGUCGAGAAGCUCAAGAAGCUUGCGAGGGGCUUGAAGAGCAACGCCGUGGCGCAGGAUUUUAUCAAUUUCAAGGUCGAAGAGCGCUGCGUCAAGGUGGCCGAUAUGCUGCUCCGCGAGCUCGACAUGUACCACAACAUGGCCAGCAAGACGAGGCGCAUCGUGUCAUGGCUGACGAGACUCGGCUACGAAGACCGUGCGCGCGAGUCGUACCUCCUGGCGAGGCACAAUGUGAUCCAGCAUCGAUCAAGGCAAUGCACGUUCCAGGGCGACCUCCACCAGUACAUCUGGGAGAUCUCGUUCUGCUACUUUACGCUCAUCAAAAACACCGUUACCGUUUACCAGUCUUGCUUCCCACCGCCCAUGAUGAGCACUUGCGUCAAGUGGGCCAAGGAAGAGGUGGAGGCCUUCAACCUGAUUCUUUCUCGCCAGCUCAGCAGCACGGAGCGCGACGGCAAGGUGUGGUCCGAGUGCAUGAAUCGCGCGCAGAAGCACGCCUCCAUGCUGGCUGAAGUUGGUUUGGACUUUAAGACAAUGGUCGGCCAGGAGCUGCGUGAGUUUAAGCGGUCAGACAGCCCAGUAGGCCUGGGCUUGGAGUGA